CAACCAACCAUAUAUGCACUUUCCACUAAAUUAGGCAGAGCAGCCAUUGGGGUUAUCAGGGUCUCCGGUCCGGAAUCGAAAUAUGUAUUCAACAAGUUGACAAAUACAAAAACUCAACCAAAGCAUAGGGUAGCCAGCGUUCGUAAGCUCUAUUCUCCUAAAUCGGGAAUCUUGUUGGACGAAGCAUUAACAUUAUUCUUCAAUUCUCCCAACACGUAUACUGGGGAAGACUUGCUCGAGCUUCAUUUGCAUGGUGGAACUGCAAUCAUAAAGUCAGUUCUAGCAGCUAUUAAGGAACUACACGAUCCCAAGAAAGGAAUAAAUAUCAGAUACGCUGAGAAUGGUGAGUUUUCCCUGAGAGCGUUCGUCAACGGGCGCUUCGAUCUAACAGAAAUAGAAGGAAUACGAGACAUGAUAGACGCCGAAACGGAAACCCAAAGAAUAGCAUCGUUAUCUUCUUUAACAGGAAACACCAAAGAACUAUUUCUGCAAUGGAGAGUAGGGAUUUUGAAUAAUAUCGCAUUGAUGACUACGUUGAUCGACUUUGGUGAAGACCACGAUCUCGAAGAAACAGCUCAAUUAUUCGACAACGUGGAAGAAAACAUCAAGAAACUAGAACAGGAGAUACACAAGUAUUUGCAGAAAGUCAGAUCGUCAGAGACUUUGCUUCGAGGAAUACGAAUGGUUCUCUUGGGCCCUCCAAAUGCAGGGAAAUCAUCAUUGCUUAACUUACUAGCAAACGAGGAUGCUGCCAUUGUCAGUGAUAUUGCGGGUACAACUAGAGAUAUCAUUGAUGUCCCACUUGAUAUUAACGGUUACAAGGUUGUCAUUGGAGAUACUGCUGGUAUCAGAGAUACAGAAUCGGCAGACAAGAUCGAGAUAGAAGGCAUGAAAAGAGCGAUUGCCAAAUCUUACAAUUGCGACCUUAUCUUAGCGGUUCUUCCAUUUGAAACUGACAACAAGUCAGAUCUCCAUCAGCUCAUCAGCCACUUACUGUCAUUACGAGAAUUGAAUAGACCAGUUUUAGUAGUAUUGAAUAAAGAGGAUCUCAUUAAAAAUCUCGGAGAAAAACAGGAAUUGCUUAAAUAUUUCUCAGAGAAACUACAGAUCAGCCCGGAAUACUUUCAUGUCGUGUCUUGUUUGACAGGAGGUGGGAUUAAUUCCUUAAAGAGCGCUCUCAGUCACACUUUCAGAGCAAUUACUUCUUCAGAAACUACUGAUCCUAUUAUAAUAUCGUCUCGUGCACAAGAUUUAUUGGAGAACGAUGUUUUGCAAGGUUUUGAAGAUUUCUGUUCUUGGAAAGCACGAGAUGACGUUGUGUUGGCCACAGAAAGUUUGAAACAAUCCGUAGAAGGAAUAGGAAAAAUUACUGGCGAUGCUAUCGGCGUGGAAGAGAUUCUUGGAGUAGUCUUUUCAAGUUUUUGCAUAGGCAAAUAG